AUGGCAAUUCCUUACCUGGAGAAAUGUGAAACAACUAAUAUCCAGGAAACUGUCGUACGCUACUGGAAUGUGACAUAUCCUCCCACUGGUUUACUUGAUAUCAUGGAAAGUACUGCUCAGAUCCAACACGUAAACAGACAGAUUUUAGCAAUGGAGGAUAGAACUAUGAUGAUUUACCCCUCCCCUCCGAGUGGAAUUUCCUCAGAAGUUGUUAAACAUUACAGCCAACUCUUCGCAUCGACACUCAGUCCAGUAGAGAAAGACCUGGUUAUUGUGAUAGACAGAUCGGGAUCCAUGGCCGCGGUUCACGGAACCAAAACUCUGUUACAGAUAACCAUUGAAGCUGUUACCUUUGUACUGGAAACUCUCACUGCUAACGACAGGAUAGGGAUCGUAGUGUUUGAUACAGGAACCGUUGUUCCGGGCGCUGCUUCUAGGAAAUGCGUGGGAUCCAAACUAGCUAAAGCGACGCCAGAAAAUGUUAAGUUUUACCAGAGCAUACUUCAAAACAUCCAAAUAGGAGCGAGAACAAACUAUGAACUGGCUCUGCGAGAAGCAUUUAAGUUCUUCAAACAUUCUAAUUACACAACAGAAAGCGAACAAAGAGAAAAAAUCAUCCUUUUUUUGACGGAUGGAUUGCCGACUGUUGGGAAAGAUCCUGUCAAAACCAUUGCAGAGGAGAACAAAAUUUUGAACAAUAGUGUUGCUAUUUUCACCUAUGGCAUCGGACAACUAUUGAACGAUACAAUUGUUGAUGUUCUACAAAAAAUGUCUGGCCAGGUAGAAAGUGACCCCAAAUACGGAAUAGUUCGUAAAGGCGAAUUUAAAAAGAUCGCCAAUCCUUCGAAAUUGCAAGACAUUCUUGCCUCAUACUGGAAACCAUUUAGAAAAUCAGAAAAUCGUAUAAGAGUGUCCCUUCCUUACGAUGACAAGUCUAAUUUAGGUUUUAUUACAUCUCUUUGCAAACAACUUCAUAAAAAAGACAAGAAAAUAUUCGGAAUGGUGUGCAUUGACGUGAGACUAUCCAGUCUUUUCCGAGAAGUUUUCCUUUUGGAAAACGUUAAAAAUUCCUAUGCUUUUGUAAUUGAUGGCAUGGGACGAACAUAUAUACACUCUUCUUUAAAACCGAUCGCUUUGAAUUCUGAUGCUGUGAUUGUGGAUAUUGAAUCACUUGAAAGAGACGAAGCUGUUGCUUCUAUUCUUGAGUCUAUGAAAAGAGGAGAGACAGGAAGCCAAAGAAUUCUCUCAACCAGGGUUUCCUCUCGUGGAAACACUUUUAUAGACGGGGUGCAGGAAAGAAAAAUGUGGUCAACCUAUUAUUGGAAUCCCCUAAAGGGAACAAACCUCUCUUUGUGUGUCGUAAUAACUGAAGGCGGUGGGGAGGUUUUGUACAAUGCCUCUUCUCCUUCACCAGAGAAGUUCAACUAUCAUCGCCUUGACCUCCUGACUUCGACUGGCGGAGCUUGUAAUCACUUCAACCGGUAUGCAUCUAAAGAAUAUUCGACAGUUCUAUUGACUCCCAAAGCUUUCGUGGAUCCUGAUUUUAAUCUAGAAAACGAAGAUAUUAAUGAUGUCUUGUCCUAUACAAAUUUUCUGUCCGGGAAAUCGUCAACCGAUCCCGGUUUCAAAAGCAGCUUUGGUUACAGUUUCAUCACAAUCCCUCAAUUUGGAAAUACAUUGGAACAGAAGACGGGGUCUUUAGAAUAUAUCCGGGAACUCAGCUUCCACAAAAUUACGACCACACUCAGAGACCCUGGUAAAGUGUCUUUGUUUCCGAAUAGCUGUAAGCUCGCCUGA